GCAUGUACCGUUACCACUGGCAGGCAUCCCAUCUCCUUCAUCCCCAACCUGGCACCUAUUAUCGUCCCCCUUCCACUUUUAUUAAAUGGGUCUCGCUUGCACUUGUUGGGGCAAUCGUUUCGUUUUGUAGAGAAAAGCGAGACGAGGACGAAAAGGACCUUCGUGCGAACAGCAACAGGAUUGAAUAUAACAGGACGCCAACAAGCGGAGUGUUAUCAUUUGGAAAAGUGUUAAAGUCAAAUAAACAUUGUGCGCGAGAGAUAGUCUCUUAUCAGUAAAAAAAAAACAAAGCUUAUCAGGAGUCUGAAGGAGCGAUAUAAAUUAUUAAAUUUUGCCAGCAAAGAAUAUAAGGAACGAGAAACGCAUGUGUCUGUACUUGGGAGUCGCGGAGCAUCUGAUGGAUGUGGUGGCCUUCUGCAUGUGCCGUGUCCUGGAGCUCUCGCUGCUCACCUGCAUGAUGGUCUGCGGAUCCUUGAGGGCCAAACUGACCAACGGGCCCACCAACGAACUGGAGCAAUGACCCAGGAACUACGAGUGCUAAGCGGGGGUGGGGGCCUCCCCAAAAUGGCUCAGAAUUUAUUUAUAUGAACUUUAAGUUCAAUAAAAUCAUUUAACUGAGUUAGUUGAUUGAAACCACCCGCACUCCCAGCACCGCCCAACACCACCCGCCCCCCACAAAGAAUAAAUUCUGUAUCCCCUCUUGCAAUGAGAAGUGUGCUUGUGUGCGACUAAAAUUUAAUAAACGAAACUUUUCUAGUGGCAAAUAAAUUACGACGUAUAUGUGUAAACGCUCCUCAGUGUCUUGUUGUUGUCUUUCUCUCUGGUCGUUGUCCUGGGUCUGGUGCGGGUCCUGGUCCUGGUCCUGGAAUUGAGCCAUAACUCAAGAUUUGCCCACGGCAAGGAUUUGCGCUCGGGCUCUGUGUGUUUUGUUUACACAGAGCUUUGUGCUAUUCGUUUAUUUGUUUGUAUUGCGGAGUCGUUUAUCGUACUUAUUAGCCAGGGACGAGGGAACAAAAAAAGGGUAUGGAAUGGGGGCCAUUUGCAUGAUAUAGUAUCGACAUGGGCUUACCGGCCCAGUACAGAUACAAAACAUGGCAAUUGUGACCAUGUUGUGGCUUUUGUUUCGGCGCCGGAAAAUAUGCUAUGCUUCUGGCCAGACAUUUUAUUGCCU